CACCAGGCAGGAGGAGAAGAGGGAGACCAAAGAGGAGGUUCAUGACUGGAGGAUAUAAGGGUCGCCGCUGCAGAUCUGAUAGGGAUCUGCAUGUUGGGGCUGGAGCCUCACUGCAAAGGAAAAACCAAACAGGGACUGGCUGUUCUAUUUUAAAAGUCAGAGGAACAGGUCUAAGCUCAUCACCGGCGCACACAUACGCCGAGCAAUGCGAGCAAUGUUCCAAAGCAAAAAGGAAACUGGCUGCAGAGAUGCUAUCAUGUUUUCUGGUCUUGCAGCCACUGGAGACUGUUUGACCCCAACCUUUGAGAGACCAUGUUGCUACCAAGAAGAGAAGAAUCACCAAAAGUCUUUGGAAUCGUGGGAACUCGCUCGUGCUGAAAUGUGAGCGGUAACAGCAAAGUAUAGAACAGCUAUAGUCUGCAAAAAUGUUGAUAUUUUUAUGUCAAGUUUUAAAAACACAGUUUUAAGGUGAGCCAGUAAAUAAUGGACAACAACUUGAGUGCUGUUGUGAUGAAUGCAACCGGACCGUACCACCCUGCGGUGGGGCCCUGGAGUCUUAUCAUAUUGGUGCUCAUCAUCCUGAUCAUCGUGUUGGGGAAUCUGCUGGUCAUCGUAGCCAUAACACGUACAUCACAGCUACAGACCACAACCAACAUCUUCAUCAUGUCCCUGGCGUGUGCAGACCUCAUCAUGGGGGUCCUAGUGGUGCCUCUGGGAGCCACCAUUGUGGUGACGGGCAACUGGCAGCUCAGUGACACAUUCUGUGAGUUCUGGACUUCUGUUGACGUGCUGUGUGUAACAGCCAGCAUCGAGACGCUCUGCGUGAUUGCGGUGGAUCGCUACAUAGCCAUAACUAGGCCGCUUCGAUACAAGAUCCUUCUGAAUAAGUUGCGUGCUAGGCUAAUUGUUUGUCUGGUGUGGAUCGUGUCUGCUUUGAUUUCUUUUGUACCCAUUAUGCAAGGGUAUUGGCGCGCAGAGGAUGAUGAAGAAGCACAGAAGUGCUACAACGAUACUGCGUGCUGUGACUUUGUGACCACCAGGGCUUUUGCCAUCAUUUCGUCGAUAGUGUCUUUUUAUAUUCCACUGCUGAUAAUGAUAUUCGUCUAUGCAAGAGUCUUUCUAAUAGCGACCAGGCAGGUACAGCUUAUAGAUAAGAAUCGGAAGCGUUUCCAGAAUAAGUGGCAACUGGCCGAAGUGCAGCUCAGUCCCGACACCAACAAUGUUCUCCCAUCAGCAUGCAUGAGCUCCGGCAGCAGCAGCUACCGAAAGACCGGCAAACGGAGGCCAUCGCGGCUAAUACUAGUCAAAGAGCACAAGGCCCUCAAGACGUUAGGCAUCAUCAUGGGCACCUUCACUGUGUGCUGGCUGCCGUUCUUCGUUGCCAAUAUCAUCAAUGCGUUUUACAGAGGCGUUCCUUCAGAGCGGAUAUUCCGUCUGUUAAACUGGCUGGGUUAUAUCAAUUCCGGUCUGAAUCCCAUCAUCUACUGCAGGAGUCCAGAGUUUCGAGCAGCAUUCAAGAGCCUGCUGGGUUGCUCUUGGCUGUCCACGCCGAGAUUCAACACUUUCUACAAAGAGCUGCAAACUCGAUGCUCCUGCUUUCUGUGGCAGGCUGAAUCCAGCACGACGGGAUCCAUCCACAAUUAUCAAAGUGGCAGGAUUGUGAGCACCAAGAGCCAGGACGGCGCUCAGGAAAACAUCAAAAGUGAGGAGCCAUCAGUCGGGCUUCACCAGUCCAAUGGCAACGCUCAGAUCAGUGACUCAUCCGAACCAGAAAUCAAACUAGUUCAGCUUCAGCUUCAGCUUCAGCUUCAGCUUCAGCUUCAGCUGUUCAUGCGUGUGCCUAACGAGCUGCAGAAAGCAUUUUGAACCAUCUAAAAAGGAAAAGGAUGGCUGAAAACUUUAAAAUGGCAAGUAAACAAAAAUGAACCAUUCUGCACCCGUGAUUCCUGCAGAAGACUGAGCGACGCACAGAACGGCAGGAUUAGAACCAGAACCUGAGCGAGGAAAGUGGACUAAGACGGACACGGCUCUUCCUCCUCCUCCUCAGAGCUGAUGGUCUUCGUCGGUGGGAGACAGAAGGCUGCAGCUCGACACGUCACUGCAGGAUCUCCUGCAUAUUGCUCCCAAUAAUCUGUCUGUUCCUAGAAGCUUUUUACAACUUCAAAUAAACAUUUGGUCCCUGUUUAUGUUGCGCGUGUUCCCAAAAGAGAUGACAAAUAUUAAUGUUGUAUAGCAUGUCUUCUAUUUAUGAUACUGACUCUGUCAUAAAACAUAUAUGAUGUCUAAUUUCAUAAAAGACAUUCUGGAAAGACUGUCAAUACCAAGGUAAAAAAAAAAGAAGAAAAAAA